CUUGGACUCUGUUGUUAAAACAUUUAGUUCGAACAUUAACGUAUUAAUCACCACCGACAAUGAAAUCCUUAGCUGUUCUCUGCCUUCUCGUGUGCUGUGUGGCCGUAUCAAUGGCUCAAUGGUCAGGAAACCAAAACUAUCUGCCCAGAAGACACGUUCUUCAAACACGUUACUGCACAAACUACCUUGGUCGACGUGUAUGGCCCGGCCAGAGCUACAGUGAUGGUUGCAACACAUGCGUCUGUGGACCUUACGGACAGCCGACCUCCUGCACCAGGCGUUUCUGUGCUGGUCUUCCAAGCCAUGGUCUUCCCGUCCACCAGGUCAUUCCAGGCCAUGGCCUUCCCAUCCGACAGGUCCGCCCCAGAGCAGGAGGAUAUUGAUCAAGACAACAGUGAAUGUGUGAAAAAUCACCAUUUAUACCUCUACAAAGAUUCAUAAUUUAUUUAUAAUUUGAUUAUUAUACGUGUGCAAUAAAUUUUAAUCAAA